AUGGCGAUGACAAAUAAACUUCAAAGGGUUCUUGGCAAAGGAGGAUUUGGAGUCGUUUAUCAUGGUCUUUUAAAUGGUGCCGAACAAGUGGCUGUUAAGUUGCUAUCUCAGUCAUCAGCUCAAGGCUACAAGGAAUUUAAGGCAGAGGUUGAACUUCUUCUGAGAGUUCACCAUAUAAAUUUGGUAAACCUUGUUGGAUAUUGUGACGAAGGAGAGCACUUAGGUCUCAUCUAUGAGUACAUGCCUAAUGGAGACCUAAAACAACAUUUGUCAGGGAAAUGGGGUGGCUCUGUCAUGAGCUGGAAAACUAGACUAAUAAUAACUGUGGAUGCCGCACAAGAUCAUGCCCGUGAAAAGACUCACAUAGCAGAAUGGGUUGGGCUUAUCCUUCAGAAAGGAGAUAUUAAAAAUAUAAUAGAUCCAAACCUCCAACAAGAUUAUGACAGCGAUUCAAUCUGGAAGGCUCUUGAAUUAGCUAUGUCUUGUGUUAGGGCUUCUUCUGCAAGAAGACCAAGCAUGUCUCAAGUGGUAAAUGACCUAAAAGAUUGUCUUACAUAUGAGAACUCAAGGAGAAGAGGGAAUCUGGGCAUAGAUGCAAAGAGUUCUAAUGAAGUGAGCAUGAACUUUGGCACUGAGGUGAACCCCAAGGCACGCUAG